AUGUCGCAACAAACUCUUUACCGCGUUUCUGUUCCCGAAGGAAAAUACGAAUUCCUUUGCAUCAUCCCAGACAAGCCAGGAACUCGUGAGAAACGCAUCGAGGUCCGGUCUGUUCCCAAGAGCGACAAUUCGGAUGAUAUGUCUUUCGUUGGCAGUCACGUCGUUGUUGUUGGCAACUCAAUUGAACAGGUGCGCGAGGACCUGAGGAAAGAUGUCUAUGCGACUUCUGGUGUUUGGGACGUCGAGAACGCUCAAAUCUACGCGUUCCGCGCUGCGUGGAGAAAUCCCUGA